AUGGUUCGUGUAGUCACUGAAGGUGAAUAUCAACCUUGGUACACCCGACGGGCAUGCCCAGUAUUUUGUUAUCCUUGCGUACCUGCUUACAUGGGCGUAUGGAAGGCCAGAAAAUGCGUCGUAGCUCUGGGUGCUAUCCUAUUCUUUGUCGGUGUCAUGAUUCUUCUUGCAAUGCUCCUUACAUGUAUCGCUGUGGAAUGUUCAUACAUUGCCGGAGCAUUAGUACCGCUUGCACUAAUCCUAAUUAUUGUUGGAAUUCUGUUGUUCCAUUGCGGUUGGGCAGCUCAUUUGCUGGAUGACAACGGUCAAAUUCCGAUAAAAAAGACCGUGACCACCACGACCACGACCACAUACGAGGAUCCGGAGAGUGAUUUGGCCGAGCAACGACUAUUUGAGUCCGCUUAUAGGGAACCAGUCCCAGAGGUAAAGCAGGGCUACUGGCAAUUCGAUGAGAAGGAAUCAUGGCAGGCAGUUGCAAAUCCUUAUCCUAUUCAACACAGUCUCAAACAUUGCCUAGAGAGACAACCCUACUAA